AUGCACUACAGUAAGACAUAUCACUUUCAUUCACACUCCCACCAAGUCCCCCGCUGACAGCCACCGAUCUGAUUAGUUCGUUUCCUGAAAACGCCCAAAGUCUCCGUUGAUCGUGGCACCGUCCUCCUCAAGGCUGUGCUCACCGUCACAACCGACCUCGGCGAGACCUUCUACCUACAAGACGUGGACUUGGUUGUUACACUCAGAGAUGUGGCCGAAGAUGGUGAGGUAUAUAUACGCAAGAGGGUACCUUGGCGGGCAGGCCAACGUUCCGUCGACGUGUCUUUUGACCUGUCCCGGCAAGACAUCGAAUGGCCGGCUUGCAUGCAUGUCGGCGUGAAGAACGCAAGAGCAAAUGGAUUUCUGCCUGCCAUUGCAGAUGUGUGGAGUGGCACACUGGAUCCCGUCAAGGGCCAAUUCGAAUCUGGCUGGAGGGUGGAGAGGAGGUUCGCGUCGCUGGCAGAAAGACCUCUCUGCUUGCUCGAAGACGCCGGUGACAGCAUUGCCAGACAUCUCUGGGAUGGCAGCCAAGCCCUGGCUCAACACAUAGACCAGGUCAUCUCCCUGGAAAACCCACAGACGCUACCUCUACUGGAAUACGUCCUCAUAUCUGCGACGUAUCGCCGCAUUAACGUCCUCGAACUGGGUGCUGGUUGUGGGACCGUGGGCAUAAGCAUAGCUCAGUCAAUUCCAGACUGUGACGCCCUCCUCACUGAUCUCCCGGAAGUCGAGGAGCUCAUAGAAGCGAACAUCGCUCGGAUGCGACCCGCCAUGUCCUCUCGCGCUCGUUUCCAAGCACUCGACUGGCUCGCUCCUCUGCCAGCAAAACUUGAAGAUCGCAAGAACGACCUCAUUGUUGUAUCAGAGUGCACAUACAAUACAGACACACUCGAGCCUCUGGUCGGAAUCCUGGUUUCUCUCAUCAACCGUUCGCCGAAAGCGAUCAUCGUAGUGUCGACGAAGACACGGCAUGACAGCGAAGCUGCCUUUUUCGACCUGAUGCGAAAUGCGGGCCUUGUCGAAGAAGGCACGAUGCGAUUGCCGCUGCCUGGUGAACCCGGCUCGGGCUACGCAGAUUGGGCGACGGAUGUGGGAUUGCACGUUUUCCGCGCGAAGGAACAUCGGUUGAGUUUGAGCCCGGCUAACAGCGAGGGGGAAGUUCCCAGGGUGAAGCCGGGCAGGAGGAGUAAGUCGAGGUAA